CUCGAGUGUCUACCGGAGGAACUACAGGCGAUGGGCACUCAGCUAGUGCAAGAGUUCGAACACUAUGCCGACGCCAAGAGCAGUCACCGCGCAGUAGUCAACAGUCCAGAAACUUUCCCCCCGCUCUAUCACGAUGGGCGAGACCGCUGGAACAACACGCAGCCCUGGUUUCCUCUGUUCCUGGAAUGGGAGGCCGAGUAUUUCCACGUCCCUUACGACCAGUGGGAUAUGGAGGAUAUUUCCACUCACGCAGCCAAGGAUAAGAAAUUCAGUUACACCGUCAAGCAAGACGAUGGGCCGUUGUGGGAGAAGGACAAUAACGACAAGCGAACGGUCUCGGGCCGGAUUCUACUGCUUCCGCAACCGGUCUUCUCGCUCCACGCUCAGGUUGAGCGUCUGUUCUCGACCGUUCCGGCCGAAGUGUUGAACCCAAUCUUGGACUCCGACCAGAGAGCCCAGCUCCUCAAGGAUAUACAGAAGCUACCCUUCAUCUCCGCUCCGUUGGGUGGAUUUACAGACCAUCUCGUGACCGUAGUCGAUGGGAGCCAUGUCAAACCGACGGUACGCUAUCCGGGCAAAUUACCAGAGCCUCUAACAGAAGCAGCUUCCGAGUCUCAUUUGGUAGGACUCGAUAUAGAUGCGUUGAGGAAAAUUGGGGUGGAAAACGAUUUGACUCCAUACGGAUCACUCGUGCGACUAGGAGAUCUUCAGCAUCCAGCCUUCAAACCUGUCACGCACGGUCAGUUCCGUCUAAUUAAGCUCAAUAUUAUCGACAAGUUCGGUCAAGCCGUGGCUGCCAUCGAUCCAACACGACGCGUUGAAGGACCACCACCUCUCUACCCCCAUAUUGGGGAGUAUUACAGGCCCCAGGCGUACCAAAAUACGAAAAUACCGAAUGUUGUCAUUCAGCCCGAGGAGCCUGAAAAGUGUCCAUUCAUUCAAAUUCCGCCGAAUAUCAACCAGCCGGCACGACUGCACAUGAACUGGGUGCAGCUGGAAGAAUACAACAAGACCUACGAGUGGCGACCCAUCACCGAAUGGGAGAAUCCAAUCUGGGGGUGGGUUGUAGUAAAUUAUGUCAACUAUGGGGUUCAAUUCUUUCUUAGAGACGGCACCUUCUAUCGUGAAGUACGAGUCGCAUCCCCUAACAACCCCAAUCCAGGGGCUGUAGCGAGUGAUAAAUGGCUACCUUUCCAGCCACCGAAAGAAGACCCAAAACGGCAGCUUGAUCAGCUGAUCAAAAAGUUCACCGACGAUCAGAACUAUUUAUUAGGGUUCAUGGAGAUGAUCAACACUGCUGUUGAAAAUGCGCGGUCUGUCCCUGGGGCAUACAGUCAGUGCGUCAACUCAUUGAUUGGGCGUCCUUUGGCUUUGGUGAACGCCGGCUUUUCACUUGAACUGGCAGAAAAUGCAAGAACAAAUCAAUCCACCGUGGGAAACCAGCAGGGAAUGCUGCCCCCAAUAAGUCUUCUUCCGGAUUAUAGGAUUCCACAGUAUGACUUUGCAAUAAAGCUUGGAGACAGUGUGCGACCUCAUGAUGGGCUAGUGGGAUUUUUUAAAGCCAAAGAUAAACCGCAGCCCACGGACGAACUCGACUUGACUGAUGUUUACACUCCAUUUCCCAACGACACCAAACAGAUCCAUCCCAUCGACUCUCAGGGGGGUGGCUUCCUUCGUUUGAAGCCAUUCUGGCUAAACCCUGGAGAUUACACUGACAAAAGCCUCGGAAAUCCUAGCGAAACAUACAAUCGAGAUCGGAAUCGACAUUUGACUGUAUGUGGGCUACUAGUCGAUCCUUUUACACCAGUCAAUGCGUACUCGAGCAUUCUUCCCGUGGAGCCACUUGCACUUUCUCCAUGGACGUGGGAAUCAGCCCUGCUGAAGAUGACGGCAUUCUUCCAUUUUGGUCCCUUGGUUGUUGAGGACGAUGUUCCUGAAUUGAACCCGAAAAAAGUUCUGACUGCCAAUUACAAUUUAGAGAACGAUACUGUCAAGGAAAAGAUCAAACUUCCUGCCCUAGCAGCAGCGGAAUGGAGCUGGUUACAACCAUACAUCAACACUGAGACGGAAGUUACAGAGCAGGAUGAGACAGAAGCGGAGGGGAAAGAAGUCUACAUGGCCUUGUCGUUGGGCAAGAUUGACCCAGUUCCUCAGUUCAGCCCGGGUCCGUUGACGGCGGUGGAAGGAUAUUUGCAGAUGAAACGGCCCAUUACAGGCCCUGAUUCCAAGUAAUUACCUUGAAUUUUGACAAUUGCUAUUUAAUCCGGUUAGUGUUCCUUGGGGCUAGCUCUAAUAACCUUAAAUCAGACUAUAAAUGGUUUUAUUGCGAGGUUUUGUGAUACGUUUC